AUGGCAAACAUUGCGGCGGCGGAGGAAGGAGACGAUUGCUGGCACUGUUACAUCGAUGCGGUCGUUGCUUCUUCUGCCGGCAAGAGUGAGGUCCGACGAGUUGUGCGUCGCUGCUGUCAUCUGAAAUCGUCGUUGUUGCUUCCAUUCGACGACAACAAGGUCGCCGCCUGCUGCGUUGGUGAUUUGUGCCUUCGCCGCCACCUUCCUUGUUCCUGUUGCGGUCGUCUCAGGUUCGCUGCUGCUGGAGAUUUUGUGAACUGUAAGGACUCACGGUGGUGGCUGCCAUCGCAGUGUGCCACCAGAUCGAGGAUCUGUCAUCUAGCAGCUAAGGUCGAGUCUGUGGGACUUCAGCAGUGUAGGAUUGAGUCUGCGGGACUUCAGCAGUGUGAGUCAGAUCCGGACUUCGGUCCGAUGCAGGGGACAAGGUCCCAAUCAGUUCCGGACUUCGGUCCGAUGCAGUUAGUUUCGGACUUCGAUCCGACGCAGAGGGCAAGGCCCUGGUUAGUUCCGGACUCCGGUCCGAUGCAGUUAGUUCCGAACUUCGGUCCGAUGCAGAGGGCAAGACCCUGGUUAGUUUCCGGACUUCGGUCCGAUGCAGUGGGCAAGGUACUCAAUUUUCAAAAGAGGAGCUCGGGAAGAUUGCAGUGCACACACCAUUUGUUCAGCCCGGGAUGUUUAUACUCUGAUAUAUUUUACAGCUGUUAAGAUAUUUUGAGAUACAUUCUUUAUGAUUCUUAUAUGACGAUUGAUAAAUAUGGUUUUAUUACUAAUUUAAAACGAAAUUUUCA